GUGAGCAUCCAGACUGUUGCCACUAUCUGGGAGGAGGAAGAGCUGCUCUUCUCUUUUGAUUAUCUUAAUGCUUGUGGUCUGCAGAAAAGCCGACUUCUGAUCAGCACGAGUGGUUGCUAAACAAAAGUCAACCCAAAUUGCCAAGCCACUGACUCUAAGGCCAGAAGCAGACAUUUGCUGUAUCUCAGUAGGAGGUAUUCCGGUUAUUCUACAAAGGAGCUUUGAUUUUCUUUGGCAAAUACAAAUAACCUGUGACGAAACGGAAAGUGUCCCCCUUUAGAAGUCGGAAGGGCACGUGCAUUUUCAUUGUUUGGGGAGUCACUCCCUACAGACUGCUAGCAUAAAGGAUUUUGGCUGAAAUGCACGCAGUUUCUCAAGCCAGUGCCUUCUCUGUUCUCCAGAUGGACUUUCUGGCCGAGACCAGCCAGUGGAGCUGCUGAAUCCUGCCCGCGUGAACCACAUGCCCAGCACGGUGGACGUGGCCACGGCGCUGCCUCUGCAAGUGGCGCCCUCGGCAGUGCCCAUGGACCUGCGCCUGGACCACCAGUUCUCUCUGCCCGUGGCGGAGCCUGCCUUGCGGGAGCAGCAGCUGCAGCAGGAGCUCCUGGCACUCAAGCAGAAGCAGCAGAUCCAGAGGCAGAUCCUCAUCGCCGAGUUCCAGAGGCAGCACGAGCAGCUCUCCCGCCAGCACGAGGCGCAGCUCCAUGAGCACAUCAAGCAACAGCAGGAGAUGCUGGCCAUGAAGCACCAGCAGGAGCUGCUGGAGCACCAGCGGAAGCUGGAGAGGCACCGCCAGGAGCAGGAGCUGGAGAAGCAGCACCGGGAGCAGAAGCUGCAGCAGCUCAAGAACAAGGAGAAGGGCAAAGAGAGUGCCGUGGCCAGCACAGAAGUGAAGAUGAAGUUGCAAGAGUUUGUCCUCAAUAAAAAGAAGGCGCUGGCGCACCGGAACCUGAACCACUGCCUUUCCAGCGACCCUCGCUACUGGUAUGGGAAAACGCAGCACAGUUCCCUCGAUCAGAGUUCUCCACCCCAGAGCGGAGUGUCGGCCUCCUAUAACCACCCGGUCCUGGGAAUGUACGACGCCAAAGAUGACUUCCCUCUUAGGAAAACAGCUUCUGAACCGAAUCUGAAAUUACGGUCCAGGCUAAAGCAGAAAGUGGCCGAAAGACGGAGCAGCCCCCUGUUACGCAGGAAAGACGGGCCAGUGGUCACUGCUCUAAAAAAGCGUCCGUUGGAUGUCACAGACUCUGCCUGCAGCAGCGCCCCCGGCUCCGGGCCCAGCUCACCCAACAGCUCCGGGAACGUCAGCACCGAGAACGGGAUCGCACCUGCCGUCCCCAGCAUCCCGGCGGAGACGAGUUUGGCGCACCGACUUGUGGCGCGAGAAGGCUCGGCUGCUCCGCUUCCCCUCUACACGUCGCCCUCCCUGCCCAACAUCACGCUGGGCCUGCCUGCCACCGGCCCUUCCGCUGGCGCGGCGGGCCAGCAGGACGCCGAGAGACUUGCCCUCCCCGCCCUCCAGCAGAGGCUGUCCCUUUUCCCGGGCACCCACCUCACUCCCUACCUGAGCACCUCGCCCUUGGAGCGGGAUGGAGGCGCAGCGCACAGCCCUCUCCUGCAGCACAUGGUCCUACUGGAGCAGCCCUCGGCACAAGCGCCCCUCGUCACAGACUGGUAUCUUUCAGGCCUGGGAGCUCUGCCCCUCCACGCACAGUCCCUGGUUGGUGCGGACCGGGUGUCCCCCUCCAUCCACAAGCUGCGGCAGCACCGCCCACUGGGGCGGACUCAGUCAGCCCCGCUGCCCCAGAACGCCCAGGCCCUGCAGCACCUGGUCAUCCAGCAGCAGCAUCAGCAGUUUCUGGAGAAACAUAAGCAGCAGUUCCAGCAGCAGCAACUGCACAUGAACAAGAUCAUCCCCAAGCCAAGCGAGCCAGCCCGGCAGCCGGAGAGCCACCCCGAGGAGACGGAGGAAGAACUCCGUGAGCACCAGGCUCUGCUGGACGAGCCCUACCUGGACCGGCUGCCAGGGAAGGAGGCGCAUGCACCAGGCGGCGUGCAGGUGAAGCAGGAGCCCAUCGAGAGCGACGAUGAAGAGGCAGAGCCCCCGCAGGAGGUGGAGCCAGGCCAGCGCCAGCCCAGUGAGCAGGAGCUGCUCUUCAGACAGCAAGCUCUCCUGCUGGAGCAGCAGCGGAUCCACCAGCUGAGGAACUACCAGGCAUCCAUGGAGGCCGCCGGCAUCCCUGUGUCCUUCGGCGGGCACCGGCCUCUGUCCCGGGCACAGUCCUCACCGGCAUCCGCCACCUUCCCCGUGUCUGCGCAGGAGUCCCCCGCAAAGCCGAGGUUCACGACAGGCCUCGUGUAUGACACGCUGAUGCUGAAGCACCAGUGCACCUGCGGGAGCAGUAGCAGCCACCCCGAGCACGCCGGGAGGAUCCAGAGCAUCUGGUCCCGCCUGCAGGAGACUGGCCUCCGCGGCAAAUGCGAGUGCAUCCGUGGACGCAAGGCCACCCUGGAGGAGCUGCAGACCGUGCACUCGGAAGCCCACACCCUCCUGUACGGCACGAACCCCCUCAACCGGCAGAAACUGGACAGUAAGAAACUUCUAGGCUCACUGGCCUCCGUGUUCGUCCGGCUCCCCUGCGGUGGUGUUGGGGUGGACAGUGACACCAUCUGGAAUGAGGUGCACUCAGCGGGGGCUGCCCGUCUGGCCGUGGGCUGCGUGGUGGAGCUGGUCUUCAAGGUGGCCACAGGGGAGCUGAAGAAUGGCUUUGCUGUGGUCCGCCCCCCUGGACACCACGCGGAGGAGAGCACACCCAUGGGUUUUUGCUACUUCAACUCCGUGGCCGUGGCAGCCAAGCUUCUGCAGCAGAGGUUGAGCGUGAGCAAGAUCCUCAUCGUGGACUGGGACGUGCACCACGGAAACGGGACCCAGCAGGCUUUCUACAGCGACCCCAGCGUCCUGUAUGUGUCCCUCCACCGCUACGAUGACGGGAACUUCUUCCCAGGCAGCGGGGCUCCUGACGAGGUGGGCACAGGGCCAGGCGUGGGUUUCAACGUCAACAUGGCUUUCACUGGCGGCCUGGACCCCCCCAUGGGAGACGCCGAGUACUUGGCGGCCUUCAGAACGGUGGUCAUGCCGAUCGCCAGCGAGUUUGCCCCGGACGUGGUGCUGGUGUCAUCAGGCUUCGACGCCGUGGAGGGCCACCCCACACCUCUGGGGGGCUACAACCUCUCUGCCAGAUGUUUCGGGUACCUGACGAAGCAGCUGAUGGGCCUGGCUGGCGGCCGGAUUGUCCUGGCCCUCGAGGGAGGCCACGACCUGACCGCCAUCUGCGACGCCUCCGAAGCAUGCGUUUCUGCUUUGCUGGGAAAUGAGCUUGAUCCCCUCCCAGAAAAGGUUUUACAGCAAAGACCCAAUGCCAACGCUGUCCGCUCCAUGGAGAAGGUCAUGGAAAUCCACAGCAAGUACUGGCGCUGCCUGCAACGUGCGGUCUCUACGGCGGGGCGCUCUCUGAUUGAGGCUCAGACCUGCGAGAACGACGAAGCCGAGACGGUCACCGCCAUGGCCUCGCUGUCUGUGGGCGUGAAGCCCGCCGAAAAGAGACCAGACGAGGAGCCCAUGGAAGAGGAGCCGCCCCUGUAGCGCCCCCUCGAAGCUGCUGUUCUCUUGUCUGUCUGUCUCUGUCCUGAAGCUCAGCCAAGAAACUUUCCCGUGUCACGCCUGCGUCCCACCGCGGGGCUCUCAGAGCACCCAGGGACACCCGGUGUGCGACAGCCACGGGAAGCCUUUCUGCCGCCCAGGCCCGCAGGUUCGAGACGCACAUGCACACCUGGGCGUGGCGGCCUCACAGGGAGCACGGGACAGACGCUGCUGACGCGCAGACACACGGACACGCGCAAGCCAAGCACACUCUGGCGGGUCCCACGAGGGACGCCGCAGAAGAAAGCAGCCUGCGGCGACAAGCGGCCGAGCCGCCGAAUUCAGUUGACGCGAGGCACAGAAAAUGAAUAUCAAAGAUCUAAUAAUACACAACAAACUUGAUUAAAACUGGUGCUUAAAGUUUGAUUAUUACACACAACUCCACAGUCUCUGUGUAAACCACUCGACUCAUCUUGUAGCUUAUUUUUUUUUAAAGAGAACGUUUUCUACGGCUGUGGCCUGCCUCUGUGAACCAUAGCAGUGUGCAGUGGUGGGGUCUGCACCCAGGUGGGGGACAGAGUGACCUUUAAAGAAGACAAAACUGGACAGAAACAGGAGUGUGAGCCUGGAGAAGCUGGCUUGAGAUUCUCAAAGCCAUCGGAAGAUGCAAGUUUGUGCCUUUUUUUUAUUGCUCUGGUGGAUUUUUGUGGCUGGGCUUUCUGAAGUCUGAGGAACAAUGCCUUAAGAAAAAAUAAACAGCAGGAAUUGGUGGGACAGUUUCCUGUGGCCAGCUGAGGCUGGCCGUGCCGGCCCCGCGAGCUGGCCUGAGCCCUGAGCUCGGGCACCAGCCGUCAUCUCCGGGGCCAGGGGCUGCAGCCCCCGGUCCUCAUUUUGCUUUAUUGCUGUUUAAGGAAAAUGGAAGUAGUUCCAAAAAAGUGGCAAAUCCCGUUGGAGGUUUUGAAGUCCAACAAAUUUUAAACGAAUCCAAAGUGUUCUGUUCUCACACGUCACAUAGCGAUUGAGCAUCUCCAUCUGGUCGUGAAGCAUGCGGUAGGCACACUUGCAGUGCUACGGUUGGAAUGCUUUUUAUUAAAAGCAAGUAGCAUGAAGUAUUGCUUAAAUUUUAGGUAUAAAUAAAUAUAUAUGUGUAUAAUAUAUAUUCCAAUGUAUUCCAAGCUAAGAAACUUGAUUCUUACGAAAUCUUGAUAAAAUAUUUAUAAUGCAUUUAUAGAAAAAGUAUAUAUAUAUAUAUGUAUAUAUAUAUAUAUAUAUAUAUAUAUAUAUAUAUAUAUAUAUAUAUAAUGAAUGAAGAUUGCGAAGGUCCCUGUAAAUGAAUGACUUGUGAAUUUGCUCUAAAGGUGCUUAUAGAAAGGGAUCCUGAUUGAAAUUCAUGUAUUUUCGAGCUCCAGAUUGGCUAGAUUUCAGAUCGCCAACACGUUCGCCACUGGGCAACUACCCUACAACUUUGUACUUUAAUUUUAAUUAUUUUGUAACAGAACCCCUUCUGUCUCCAAGCCUUCAUGCACAUAUGUACCUAAUGAGUUUUUAUAGCAAAGAGUAUAAAUUUGCUGUUGAUUUUUGUAUGAAUUUUUCACAAAAAAGAUCCUGAAUAAGCAUUGUUUUAUGAAUUUUACAUUUUUCCUCACCAUUUAGCAAUUUUCUGAAUGGUAAUAAUGUCUAAAUCUUUUUCCUUUCUGAAUUAUUGCUUGUACAUUUUUUUUAACUUUCAAAGGUUUUUUUAAUUAUUUUUGUUUUCUUGUUUAUUUUUGUACAGUGAGUUUUCUGCAGCGUACGGAAUUGUUGCCAUCAGAGUUUAUUUUCAGAAAGUGAGAGGAGGGACCGUAGGUCUUUUCGGAGUGACACCAACGAUUGUGUCUUUCCUAGUCUGUCCUAGGAGCUGUGUAAAGAAGCCCAGGGCUCUUUUUACCUUCAACACUAGUAGUAUUACGAGGGUGGUGUAUUUUCCCCUCCAUGGCAAGGACAGGGAGCAUCGCUUGGGAUGCCCGGCCACUCGGGAGGCUUGCCAGACGCCAUAAGCAGUCAGCAUUAAUGAAACUCAUGUUUAAACUUCUCUGACCACAUUGUCAGGAUAGAAUUCUAACUUCAGUUUUCCAAAGACCUUUUACGCAUGUCAGCAAUUCAUGGGGCACACGUGGGGCUCUUUACCCAUUUGAGUUUUCCACUGCAGCCACGUGGCCGGCCGUGGAUUUUGGAGCCUGUAGCUGCAAGGAACCCAGGACCCUUGUUGCCUGGUGAACCUGCAAGGAGGGCACGAUUUCCUGACCAAGACAGCCAGUCUUGACUCUCUUUCUUUUCAACUGUAACACAGUCACGUCUUACUGGUGACUUAUUUUCUAGCACCUGAAGCCACCAGUUUCAUUCCAAAGGGUAUCAGAUUCAGACCUGUGGGCAGACAUUCAGAUACACUGUGCUCAGGAGGGUCCCAGAGCCAAGUUUCGAAGUUUGGUAAAGUUUACAGGGUAGCUUCUGAAAUUAACUCAGACUUUUGACCAAAUGAGUGCAGAUUCCUGGAUUCACUUGGUCACGGGGCUGCUGCUGGUCAGCUCUAAGACGGUGGUUUGAGAGCAGGGCAGAAAGGUCUUGGGACUUGUUUGACUUUCCCCUCCCUAGUGGCCACUCUGCUCUGAAGCCCAGAUUGGCAAGAGGAGCUGGUCCAUUCCCCGUUCAUGGCACAGAACAGUGGCAGGGCCCAGCUAGCUGGCUCUUCUGGCCUCCUUGGCCUCAUUCUCUGCACAGCCCUCUGGGGAUCCUGCCACCUGCCCUCUUACCCCGCCAUGGCUCAUGGGGAGGAAUGCAUCAUCUCACUUUUUUUUUAAGCAGAUGAUGGGGUAACAUGGACUGCUCGGUGGCCAGGUUAUCAUUGGGGGGCUUAGUUCUAAUCUCAUUCAAAUGGAGACAUCCUCUGUGCAAAGGCCUGGCAAGGGGAGGCACAUUUCAGCUGUCAGCUCACUCCAGCUUCACAAAUGUGCUGAGAGCAUUACUGUGUAGCCUUUUCUUUGAAGACACACUCGGCCCUUCUCCCUGGCAAGUGUCCAGGGCAGAUGGCGGAGGAUCUGCCUCGGCGUCUGCGGGCAGGACCACAUCAGGGAGGGUCCCUUCAAGGGCUCUCUCUGUGGGUCCUUGGACCUUUAGCUUUUUUCUUCCUUUGCAGAGGCCUUGGGGGCACUGGCUGGGAGUCAGCAAGAGAGCACUUUAUAUCCCUUUGAGGGAAACCCCGAUGACGCUACUGGGCCUUUUGGCGUCUGCCCUGCCCUCACGGCUUCCCGCCACGCCACAGCGUGCCCACGCCCCACCAGCAGACGGCUGUCCCCGAGGCCGUUGCCCGCUGGGACUGGCCGCCCCUCCCCAGCAUCCCAGGGCUCCGGUUCUGGAGGGCCAUUUUGUCAAGGUGUUUCAGUUUUUCUUUACUUCUUUUGAAAAUGUUUGCAAGGGGAAGGACCAUUUUGUAAUGGUCUGAACAAAAGCAAGUUUGAUUUCUGCAGCACUAGCAAUGAACUUUGUUGUUUUUAUUUUUGAUCAGAACAUUCCUUCUUUACUGGUCACAGCCAUGUACUCAUUCCAUUCUUCUUUUUGUAGACUUUGGGCCCACGUGUUUUAUGGGCAUUGAUACAUAUAUAAAUAUAUAGAUAUAAAUAUAUAUGAAUAUAUUUUUUUAAGUUUCCUACACCUGGAGGUUGCAUGGACUGUACGACCGGCAUGUCUUUAUAUUGUAUACAGAUUUUGCACGCCAAACUCGGCAGCUUUGGGGGAGAAGAAAAAUGCCUUUUUGUUCCCCUCUCAUGACAUUUGCAGAUACAAAAGAUGGAAAUUUUUCUGUAAAACAAAACCUUGAAGGAGAGGAGGGGGGGAAGUUUGCGUCUUAUUGAACUUAUUCUUAAGAAAUUGUACUUUUUAUUGUAAGAAAAAUAAAAAGGACUACUUAAACAUUUGUCAUAUUAAGAAAAAAAGUUUAUCUAGCACUUGUGACAUACCAGUAAUAGAGUUUAUUGUAUUUAUGUGGAAACAGUGUUUUAGGGAAACUACGCAGAAUUCAGAGUGAACUGCCUGUCUCUCUCGAGUUGAUUUGGAGGGAUUUUGUUUUGUUUGGUUCUGUUUGUUUCCUUUUAUCUCCUUCCACGGGCCAGGCGAGCGCCGCCCGCCCUCACUGGCUUUGUGAUGGUUUAUUCUGAUUGAGAACCGGGCAGACUCAAAAGAGUCCCCUUUUCCGCACAGCUGUGUUGACUUUUUAAUUACUUUUAGAUGAUGUAUGGCUAAGAUGUCACUUCAAGCAGUCGUGAACUGUGCGAGCACUGUGGUUUAAAAUUAUACUUUGCAUCGAAAGGAAACCAUUUCUUCAUUGUAACGAGGCUGAGCUUGUUCUUAGCUCGGCCUUACUUUGUCUCUGGCAUUGAUUAAAAUCUCCUAUUGAAAGAAAAAGAAAGCGAACAGUUUUUGUUUGUUUGGGUUUUUUUUUUUUGUUUUUUUUGUGUUUUUUUUUUUUGCUGUGUGUGCUCCAUAGUGGGGGCGCUAUUUUCCAGUUGAUGAGAAUGACAAACAUACAUAAUCUAUCUAUCUGUAACGGGGGCUUGAACCUUACUCACCCAAGAGCUUCUUACGGAAUGUGGUAGAAAACAAAGUUGUAACGACACUGUAUCCCACUUGAUGCCUGUUCGCGCCUGGCGUGGGCUCCGCACUGGCCGUGACCACCAUUCUCUGUGAUUUAAUCCAUUUCUCUUGGAUUGUCUGGAUGUGCCCAAUGGUUCUUUCUUUUGCUCAGUGGAGUUGGAGGUUUUGUGUUUGGUUUUCUCAUUCUUGUUUUGUGUGGAUGGAUUUUCACUGACCAAUGAUAUCCUCUUCUGACGGUCAACUUCUUUCCACUUCACUGGAGUCCAGUAUUCUGUACCACAUCACACGACCUGUUACUCUUGUGGUGUAAAUAAAGACUGCGUUACUUGCCCUCCCA